GAUGAAACUCGGAACAAGUCCUGCUAAAUCUGCAAUCAUCCGAUUGUAUAGAAAGUUUACGGUAGAAUAUUCUCCCCGGAUAGUCUCAGAAUAUACCUGGUAACAUAAUCUCGAUGAGAUUUAUCAGCGGAAGGAAACAAGAGAAGAAAUUCGUGUGAAUUUGUCUGCAGAGCGGAAUCGCCGCUGCCGUUUGACCGAGCUAACGCUAGCUGGAAGUAGCGGCACAGAUCGGGGCCCAGGUUCGCAACUUUCCCACAUAAAAGGAAAUUCUAGCCUUUCCGUCUUCGUGUUUUGAAAACACAUUUUGGCGUGAUGGCUUGUGGGGCUACCCUGAAAAGGACUCUGGAUUUUGAUCCACUGAUGAGCCAGGCUUCCCCUAAAAGAAGGAGGUGCGCCCCGUUCACGUCUCCGGUCUCUUCGCCACAGAAAUACUUGAGAAUGGAGCCCUCGCCGUUCGGCGAAGUGUCUUCCAGACUAACUACAGAGCAAAUUUUACACAACAUCAAACAGGAGUACAAGCGGCUGCAGAAACGAAGACACCUGGACAGUGCUUUCCAGCAGGCAGACAGCUGCUGUCCUCUGGACCUGCAGCAUGUUCCCAGUGGACCCGCCCUGCCAGGAACGUCCUCCGGUGCCUCAUCUCCCACUAGAAAAGAGCAGCCUUUAUUUUCCCUCCGACAGGUUGGGAUGAUUUGUGAAAGGCUGCUUAAAGAGCGAGAGGACACGAUCCGAGAGGAGUACGAUGAGAUAUUGACUACAAAGCUUGCGGAGCAAUAUGAUACGUUCGUUAAGUUCACGCAUGAUCAACUGAUGCGAAGGUUCGGAGAGCAACCUGCCAGCUAUGUUUCCUGAGUGUCAGCGUCUGAUAUUGAGGAAUGCUCUCGGCUGCAGGCUACUCCAGGGACUCGGUCUGGUUGGACUUCUCUCCUAGCUGUGCCAUAACGCCUCGAUGUGGACUCAGUUUGUGGUAUCCACAUUUGCUGUGUCUACCAGAGCUUGGAGGGCUUCCUGCUGCCAACUUGUUUAAGGACUCCCUGUGACUCUACCAGUGGCCUCUUAACAAUAUUUCUUUGGCUUUGUUCUGAUGCCUUCAUAAAAGGCUGACUGCCACCACACACUUGGCCUUUUGAUUUAGUUUUUUGAUUAAAUUUGGUUAUUUCACAGAGAGGAUAUUAGUUGUGCAGCUUCUCUAAAUGUACAUUUUGAAAAAAGGGAUUGAACAUUGACGAGUGGAUAAACCAAGACCGCCUUUAGACUGGGCUCCAGGAACAGACAUUGGCUUUUUCAGCAUUGUUUUUAAACUGUACUGGCAAUUACUGUUAUUACAUUUGUAUACACUGUAUUUUUUUGCGUGACUUUUGUUUAUUGUACCAAAAUGUCAUGAUUAUUUGCUGCAGGUAUAAAGGGGCUUUGAUUCAAGAAAAGCGGAAAAAAAUAAAGUGUUUACUCAAGUA